AUGCAGAAGAAACCGGAUGCUUUCCUCAACCGAGGCAGCCAAGAGCCUCCUGCUCUCUGCUCCCCUGACCGUGUCACGUUGUUACCAAACAGCGCUUGGCGCGCCGGGAUCCAGAACAGCUCUGCCGUCGCCGUCUGGGACUCAGAGAGUAUAGCCAAAGAUAUCGUGGUCAAGAGACCUGCUCUGAACUGCCCCGGCAAAAGCGCUCCUCUGUUAGCGCGUGGGAAAGGCAGGAGCGGCUGCAGCAGGUCUUUGCUUGUGCGUGGGAUUGGAGCACACGAUUGGAGCCGUGGUGGGGCUCAGAGGGUGCUGUGUCAGGGAGAGAGGUGGGAUUGCUUUCCAAAGCUAACCUUGUUUUGUUUCUCUCCCCACCGUUACGCUCCUCCACCCUGUGGCUUGUUGCAGACUAAAGUAGAAGAUAUCGUGCAGGAAGUCUUCAAUGCCUACAAGUCGAACCAUCACACUUCGCAAUUUGUCCUGCAGCGGGAGAAGCACUUCCACUACCUGAAGAGAGGCCUCAGACAACUGACCGAAGCCUACGAGUGCUUGGAUGCCAGCCGACCCUGGCUCUGCUACUGGAUCCUGCACAGCUUGGAGUUGCUGGAGGAGCCCAUUCCCGAGUCGGUCGCCUCCGAGAGUGAGAUGGAGAGCAAGAGGAGCCAUAGUGGGUGCUGCGAUGUCCGGGCCUGGGGAGGCUGGACCCUCACCGGCCCCUCAUGCCCUGCUGGGUCUUGCAGGAAGAAGCUCCUGGAGUACCUGCACUCGCUGAAACAGCCCGAUGGCUCCUUCCUCAUGCACGUCGGGGGCGAGGUGGACGUCAGGUGGGUAGGCGCCGCGGAAGACGGGUUGCCCACCUUGGGCAGUACCAGCCUGGGAAACGCAUCUCUUCCCCGCUGCAGUCGUCGGGGUGUCUACCCGGGCUGUGGACCCGCAGAGCUGCGUCCUCGCUGGGGCCCCUCGAGAGCCACAGCCCGCUUCAAGCGUCCCCUCUGCUCUCCCAGGGCUGCCGUGCGCUCCCGCCUUGGCCCUGAGCGCAGCGGGGGGCUGGAUGUGGCCCGGCGACCUGCUGAGAUAGGGAUGGGGGUCUCAACUGGGCUGUGGUGGUGGGGUAUGUCCUGUGCCAGGCUGGAGCUGCCUGGGGCCGUCAUCGCACUGGCAACUGCUCCUGUCUGUCCCCUGCAGCACUGGGUGACCAGCCGGCAGAUGCGUUUCGAGGGCGGUUUCCAGGGUCGAUGUAACAAGCUGGUGGACGGUUGUUACUCCUUCUGGCAGGACGGGCCGCUGUCGCACCGCGCACUCCACGCCAGAGGCGAUGCUGCUCUCAGCAUGACGCACUGGAUGUUCGACCAGUCGGCGCUGCAGGAAUACAUCCUGCUGUGCUGUCAGUGUCCGGCCGGGGGGCUGCUCGACAAGCCGGGGAACUGGAGCUGCGCUCGGGCCACGCACCCCGUGUACAACAUCGCCCCGGAAAAGGUGAUACAAGCAGUGAUGCACUUCCUGCAGCAGCCUGUGCCCAGCCUGGAGCUGGAGACACCAGCAGCCGCUGCAGACUAGGGGCCCUCGCUCCCCGUGGACUCUGUGCGGAGCGGCCCUCCCCGAGGGCCAGCAGGGAGCUGCCGGGAUGUUUCCAACGCGGACAUACAGAGCGUGGUCCUCAGGAUGCUAGCGAUACCAAAAACAGCUUGCUCUGUGGCCGC